GCCAUGUAAUUGAAAGUAUUCCAUUAGCGUUCAUAAUCUACUCAUCUUGAACAUUAAUAAUGUAAAUUUGUUCCUCGCACUAUCAAGAAACAUACUUCAGGAUGAUGCAGUUGUGUAAACCGCUAUAGAGAGUCUUUAAGAUUUUGGACUUUCUAUCGUAUAUGAUUUAGCUCAUACAUCACUUGUGCACUAGUAUAUGCGUUCCAGCAUCCACAAUAGUAAUAGAGGUACUUCAUACUCUUACAUGAAACCAUUUUGAUCGCUCUUGCUCUUAAUUUGAAGGGAACCAGGUUUAACCUUCAACAAUCGAUGUCCUGUCGCCUACAUGUAUUUAUUUCUGCAAGUUUCUUUCCAUUUAAUACUUCAGGAACUCGAUUUGCAAUUUAGCUUCCCCUAAACUUUGUUUCUAUUCAAACUGGAUCAAUGAAAAACUACUUGUUCCAUCUAUUCCCUGAUGCUUGCUAGUCUGAGAUGAGAUAUAGGUCACAAUCUUUUCAAAGGUUUUCCCGUUCAAUUUUCUAGUCCGUGAGCAUUUCCUUUAUAUUGGCAAAUUAACAUUAGAAAAAUGGAAGGUUUACAAACAUUGCACUAUCCCAAAUUCUUAUUAAAAGUAAGCUUAUACUGUAAACGAUACGAUACUGCCACAUUUGGCAUUUUCAUCCAUUCCUUACAGUAACAACGUCUUCUAUCGAGAGACAUUGAGAGUACUGUGAAAAUUUAUUACUGUUAUAGCUUAUAGAUGAAUUGGUUACUCUUGCUUCCGUUUAAAGCAUUUCUUAUAACUAUUCUUUGCAAGCCUCAAAAUGUAUCGAUUGUUUAUUCUUCCAGAAUGUAUUAGGCUGUGUUUAUUUUUUCCGUAAAGAGGAUGUAAGCUUAUUCUAAAUGGGACGGUUACGUUGUAUUUAUUUUUGCAUUUGCCGGUGAUUUGAAGUUAAGGCUUCUUUAAUACUUUCAAUGGUUUGUUCAGACACAUUUCCCAAAAACUUCUUUAUUUACUCGUUCGUUGGGAGGAAUAAACAGAAGUAUCUAUUAUUUAUUUACUUAUCUUUGUUGUUGUUUACUUUCACUAACGAAUUUGUUGUCAAAGUCGGUAUUGAAGCAAGUGUAAACAAACCGUUUCCAACUUCCUUUCUACAAUAACCCUCAAUUCAAUAUUCAAAAUGAGAUAUGCUCCCAGAUUUUAUUCUAAAAAAGGACAAAAGUUUCGACUUAUGGUCACUGGUUCCAGUUGUACUGGAUAUCAGUCUUGUAUUAAUGCUCUUUGCGAAAAACACAUCUUAGACGAGCAAUUGGAAGUUGAUCCUGAACAAGCUCACUUGGAGAGACCUUUAGAGAUUAAGGAACAUGAAGCUGAUAUUCAAGGAGAGGAAUUCCGUGUUGCUCUGACUGUCAUUGAGGCCUGCGGUUUUGGCGAUAUGCUUGAUAGAUCCUCUAACUUUGAUGUUGUUACUGAGUAUUUGGAAAAUCAACUCGACCAAGUUUUAGUUGAAGAAUCCAAGAUUCGAAGAAACUCUAAAUUUGUUGAUAAGAGAGUUGAUGCUUUACUCUACUUUAUUGAACCGUACGGACAUUGUUUAUCCGAAUUUGAUUUGGAAGCAAUGAGACGUUUUUCCAGAAGGGUAAAUGUCAUACCUGUCAUUGGAGUUGCCAAUGCCUUCACAAAGGAGGAAUUGAAUCGCUUCAAGCAGAGAAUCUUUCAGGAACUCGUUGAUGAGAACAUCCAAGUUUUUGACUUCCCUUUUGAUGACGAUGAAGAUGAAGAUGAAGUUAUCGAGGAAAAUAAGCGGCUCAAGUCGAUCCUUCCAUUUGCUGUUUCUGGCGCUGCCGUGGGUGAUUAUCAACAGGAUUCCGACAAGCUUGCUAAACACUUCCCAUGGGGAACUUUUUAUGUUGACGAUCCGUCUCAUUCAGACUUUUUAGAUUUGAAGACUGUUCUGUUCAUCUCUCACCUUCAACACCUUAAGUUUAUUACUCAGCAGUUUUAUUAUGAAGCCUAUCGUACAGAAAGGCUUUCUAAUGCUUCGUUAUCCUCGAAUUCUUUGCAUAUGCUAGUUGACCAUGAGAAGCCAAAGCUAGGGCCUGACGAACUAAGUGAAACUACCCAUCAUGAAACGACGGUUGAGUCUGAAAUUCAUCAAACUGUCCCAGAUCAAACUUCUCAUUCACAGACGAGUUGUCAAUCCGCGAUCAAAAAUGCGCAAUCAAAUUCAGAUACUAAUUCUGCUUCUCCAAGUCUCAAAUCCAAACAAAGCUUACAAAUGAGAGACUCUAUUAAAUCCGAGACAUCAACUAGAGUUAAAACUCCUUCUAUUGAAAUGAGUUUACGUGAAUUUCCUCAAAGGAACUCUUCUAAGAACAACAAGCAAGUUAACGAAAUAACUGAAACUAAAGAAUUAAAAUCGGACGAUGUUGCUCACGGUCGCUUUGAAAAUGUUCCCUAUAAUAAGACAAAGUAAAGAAACAGAAAUGGUUAUUGCUCCUUUCUUUAGUCACCAAUAUUCGGGCUCAUGAAUACGGUUCGUUUAUUGUUCAAUUAAGUACUUAGUAUACGUUAUCAGAACUAGAUAAUUGAUGAGAUUCCACAAGUCCA